AUGACCGAAGAAGAACUUAAAGUAUUAAUAGCUCGUAGAGGUUUAAUAAAAGGUAAAGUAACGCGAAUCAAAUCUUAUGUAGAAAAAUUCACCGCAAGCGAUAAUACUCGUACGUAUCAAAUUAGGUCUAGAUUAUUAAAUUUGCGCGAAGCCUUUAGAGAAUUUGAUAAUAUUCAAAAUCAGAUAGAAUUAAUUGAGUCUAGCGAAAGACAAAACAAAGAGCGAGAUGAGUUCGAAACCACCUAUUAUGAUUUAGAGGCACACAUGCAGCUUUUGAUCGACGAUGGAUCAACGAUCCCACCGUCAACCAGUAGUUCAGGUAGUAGUGAUACCACUAAUCAAUCACGAGUAAUUAACCCGGUAAGGUUGCCCACAUUGGAAUUGCCGUCGUUUACGGGGAAUUAUUUGCAGUGGACCCCAUUUUCAGACACCUUUAAAUCGUUGAUUCACGAAAGUCAGUUGUACAGUGAUAUUGAAAAGUUUCAUUACUUAAAAUCAUGUUUAAAAGGCGAUGCUCAUAAAACUGUUGAAAUGCUAAGCGUAUCAGCUUCAAAUUAUAAGGUCGCGUGGGAAUUGUUAGAAAAACGGUUCAAUAAUCAGCGGUUAAUUAUUCAAGAGCACGUGGUAGCUAUUUUGAAUACUCCACAAAUAAUUAAAAACUCAGCCUCUUCAUUGCGCAAAUUGUUAGACACCGUUAAAGUAAACAUGGAAGCACUAAAGGUGCUUCAGCAAGAUACCGAAAAGUGUGAUAUAUUUGUUGUUCCCAUUGUAGUGUCAAAAUUUGAUUUUCUUACAAAAAGGGAGUGGGAAUCAGGUUUAUCAAAUCAGGUACCGUCAUUGAAGGAACUGCUAGAGUUUUUAGAAAAACGAACCUUACUGUUAGAAUCGUUAAAUUCACAUGACAUGGCAAAUCAUAAAGUUCAAAAUACCUCGAAUUUUCAUAAGCAUUUCGCGAAAUCAAAUAACAACGUUACUAAAACUACUGCAUCCAACACAGGUCUAAGCAAUGAUAAUAAGGAUACGUUAAAAUGUUUUUUGUGUCAGCAAUCUCAUACGUUAUACCAUUGUCACAAAUUUCUUGCAUUGCCCAUAAUGGAAAGAUUAAAUAAGGUCAGAUUAUUAAAGCUUUGUCAGAACUGUUUUAGAAGAAACCACACAGUCGAUAAAUGCAAGGCAAGUUUAUGCAAAUUUUGCAAUGAGAGGCAUAAUUCUUUAUUACAUAUUGAUUAUCCCGCUACAACUAGCGAUAAUAACUCCAACAGUCAUUCGGUUGCUUCACAUUCAAUGAGUAAGGAAUCCAGUACUCAGGCUUUAUUGUCAACAGCGAUUGUACUAGUUUCAAGUGCAAAAAACACUUGGGUAAAAUUGCGAGCUCUACUCGAUGUGGGAUCCCAACACAAUUUUAUAUCUGAAAAGGCGGUAAAACUUUUAGGGCUUGAAACUAAGAAAACUGAUUGGGUCAUCAAUGGCAUUGGCGAUUGUCAAGGUAGAAGUCGUGAUGCAUGCGAAAUUAUCGUUAAAUCUGUUUAUGAUGAUUCGCCAAACUAUGAAGUACAAUGUUUAGUUUUGCGUAAAAUUACUAAUAAUUUGCCAUUAAUCUCUUUGGAGAAAUGCCAUUUAGAAAUUCCGUCUAAUUUAAACCUGGCCGAUGUAGAAUUUUUUAAAACGGGUGAAAUAGAUCUUUUAUUAGGAGUAGGCAUUUUUUGGAAAAUAAUGAAAAUGGGCCAAAUAAAAACAACAAAUGGUUCCCUACACUUCCAAGAAUCUUCGCUUGGCUGGUUGGCAGGCGGCGAUGUUCAAUGUCAUAAUCCUUUACCCUUCUCGGUAUGCCAUUUGUCUCUUAAUUCAAUAGACCGACAAAUUAAAAGGUUUUGGAAAAUUGAGGAAUGGCCUGCCAACGCAAAUAUUCCUUUCUCCGAAGAAGAGCGGAAAUGUGAACAACACUUUAUGAGUACCUAUAAACGAAAUGUAGACGGGCGGUUUAUCCUAAAAUUGCCUUUCAAAGCGUCUUCCGAAAGAUUAGGAACAUCUGCAGAGGUAGCCAUAAAACGAUUUGCGGCACUUGAAAGAAAGUUUAUUAACGACCCUCCUUUAAAAGAGCGUUACAGGUCAUUUAUGGAAGAGUAUGAACAGUUAAAACACAUGGAACCAAUACCAUUAGCAUCAAUAACUGAUUCAAAUUGUUUUUAUUUGCCUCAUCACGCAGUGGUGCGCGAAACUCGGGAAUUUGUCAAAAUCCGAGUCGUAUUCGAUGCCAGUUGUAAAUCAUCGAGUAAUAUCAGUCUAAAUGAUAUACUAGCGGUUGGCCCAAAAAUACAGGAUGACCUAAUUUCCAUAUUGCUAAGAUUUAGAUUCCACAGGUACGUAAUUUCGAGCGACAUUAACAAAAUGUAUAGACAAAUAUUAAUAGCUCCGGAAGAUAGACAAUUUCAAAGAAUAGUAUGGCGUGAGGACGCACAUAAGCCGUUACGCGUCUUUCAGUUAAAUACAGUGACUUAUGGCACCGCUUCGGCGCCAUUUCUUGCGGUACGCUGUUUGCAACAGUUAGCCGAUGAAAAUCGUGAAAUAUACCCUAAGGUUUAUCCAGUAAUAGUACACGAUUUUUACAUGGACGAUGUACUCACGGGGGCCGACACAAUAGAAGAAGUUGUGAAAAUUCGAGACCAAUUAAUAGAGGUAUUAACAAGCGGGGGUUUUGAACUAAGGAAAUGGGCGUCGAACAACUCAAAUAUUUUACCUGAUGAUAUUUCCCUGAAUACUUCGGAUACAAACGGUCAAAACAAUGAUUUUAUCAGUUUUGAUAAAGAGGGGGAGUCAAAAACUUUGGGUCUUUAUUGGAAUUGUCGCAUGAAAACUUCACAAAACGAAAAAUACUAUCAAUUGUCUCCAAAAUAUUCAAUCCUUUAA